AUGCCUAAGGUAUCUAUCUGGCAGAUGGAUGCUCUGAAACGUACGCAAUCAUCAACACUUCUGACAUCAAACCUUGACCCCAGUGCCCAUAUCUCGGACAUUUGCAGCAGGGCUAAUCGUGUUCUUGGACUUAUCAACCGAACCUGCCGCCAGCACUUUGCUAUUCCUGCCAUAAGAACACUUUACGUCACAUUAGUUCGGCCAAUACUAGAAUACUCCGUUACGGUAUGGUCCCCACAUCAGGUUGGUCACUGCUCUAGUCUUGAUGCUGUACAAAGACGCUUUCUACGGAUGGUUGGCGUGAAGAUGGGAUAUCGCUACUUGGAGACAAACUUGGAGGAAAUGGGACAACAGCUGCACCUUCCUUCCUUGGCUGCUCGCAGGGCUCUACUGGAUCUCAUGUUCCUCUACAGACUACUAAAUAGCCUUAUUGAUUGUCCGAAUAUCCUUCAGAUGAUAAACUUCCAUGUACCUCGUCAGUCUCGUCACCCUCAGCUUUUCUCAAGGAAUUUCCAUCCGACCAACUACACCUACUACAGUACUCUACCCCGCAUAAUGAGACUUGGUAAUGAUGCCUGUGCUGAUCUUGACUUCUUUGGCCCUUCUACAGAAUCUUUCAAGCGGUGUGCACUCGCUUUCAUCCUAAAGUAA